ACACAGGAAGCCAUUCAGGAGCUGCGCGCCGCGCCGUGAAGGAAGGCUCCGGUCCGGACGCUGCUGGGGGGGAACGCCACAGGACCGGGAACCGGGGAUUUGACCUUUUUUUUUGUUUCCGUGAAGACUCCGGCGAGCAGGGGGAGAAAUGACGGUGCUCUCCGCUCUCUGGGUGAUCUUUCUGUGCCAGCUGUUGUCAUCAUCCUCAGCUCAGAGGCCGGGCCCCAGAGGAUCUGCUGGGCCACCAGGACCCCCAGGAUCACCAGGAAAGGAUGGUACAGAUGGCAAACCUGGACCUGCAGGACUUCCAGGGAAACAAGGUCCCAAAGGGAAAGCUGGAAUAGCAGGCACACCGGGACAGCCAGGCCUGCCAGGACUUCCAGGAGUCGAUGGUUUGACAGGUCCCGAUGGGCCUGCGGGCAAGGACGGACCCCCGGGGGAAGCAGGUGAUCCUGGACCUGCUGGCCCACCCGGACCUCCUGGCAGAGGGAGACCAGGAGCUUCAGGACUACCUGGAACCAACGGGUUGCCGGGCGGAGUCGGACCUCAGGGUCCAGCGGGUGCUGAAGGUCUUCCAGGACUUCCCGGACCUCCUGGUCCUGACGGACCCCCAGGUCUUCCUGGUACUCUUCAGGAUCUUAGCGGUGACCUUCUGUGUCCUGCGAUCUGCCCUCCUGGUCCCUCUGGUCCUCCCGGGAUGCCGGGAUUCAAGGGUCACACCGGCCACAAAGGAGACAAGGGGGAGCCUGGAAAGAACGGAGAGAAGGGUGACGCCGGUCCACCGGGGCCCCCAGGCAUUCCAGGCACUGUGGGUCUGCAGGGCCCACGUGGUCUCAGAGGCUUACCUGGCCCGAUGGGAGGAGUAGGGGACAGAGGAUUCCCAGGCUUCAGGGGCAAACCCGGGAUCGCCGGCGUCAUUGGAAAGACAGGCGACGCUGGAGACAAAGGGCCGCAGGGAUUCAAGGGACCCAAAGGAGGAAUCGGUAAAAUCGGUCCUAAAGGAGCUCCCGGGGGAGCAGGGCCCAAAGGAGAGCCUGGUAUUCCUGGGAGAGAUGGAAAAGAUGGAACUCCAGGGCUGGAUGGCGAGAAGGGCGAUGCCGGGCGCCACGGGGUAGUCGGAGAGAAAGGACCAAACGGCCUUCCUGGUCUGCAAGGAAAGGCUGGAGCAAAGGGAUCUAAAGGAGAAGUUGGCGAUCCAGGGAAAGCUGGUGAGACGGGACCCUCCGGAGAGCCAGGUAUUCCUGGUGAAAUCGGCGUCCCGGGAGAGAGAGGGAUCGCAGGACCCAGAGGAGUGGCCGGGGGUAUCGGACCAGUGGGGAACGCGGGCCCUCAGGGAGUGAAGGGCUUCCAGGGAGUCAAAGGAGCCUUGGGGGAUCCGGGUCUUCCAGGACCAACAGGAAUCCGUGGAGAGUUUGGUGAAAGGGGCCCGGUCGGAGCUUCUGGAGCUAAAGGAGACAUGGGUGUCGCGGGAAGUGACGGUUUACCCGGAGAGAACGGAGAACCUGGUCCCUUUGGGCCAGUUGGACAAAAAGGAGAGUCUGGGAAGCGAGGUGAACUGGGGCCGAAGGGUGUGUCGGGUCCGCAGGGAGAACUCGGGCCAAGAGGGCCUCCGGGAAAACAAGGGCUGAUGGGUUUUCAAGGUGAACAAGGUCUGCCUGGAAUCGCAGGAAAAACAGGCGUACCUGGUAAACUCGCCAGUGAGCAGCACAUCAGAGAGCUGUGUGGCUCCAUGAUCGAUGAUCAGAUCGCGCAGCUGGCUGCCAACCUGAGGAGACCCCUGGCUCCUGGGAUGGUGGGGCGCCCCGGCCCCGCCGGACCUGCAGGAGCACCGGGAGUCUCCGGUUCCAUCGGGCACCCGGGCGCUCGUGGACCACCGGGGUAUAGAGGCCUGCCAGGAGAACUCGGGGAUCCAGGUCCCAGAGGUGACGUUGGCGAGGCCGGUGAUAAGGGCUCCACCGGUAAAGCUAUCGACGGGCCCACCGGAGACCAGGGUCACCAAGGUCUUCCAGGGGUGCCUGGGAUUGUUCAAGAUGGCCGUGAUGGGUCUCCUGGAGAUCCAGGCGAGCCUGGAGAGCCAGGCAGGGUAGGUAGGACUGGGCACCAGGGACCGCCUGGGAUCUGCGACACGUCAGCCUGCCAGGGAGCGUCAGUCGCUGGGAAAUCCUCCAACCCCAAAAACCAUUAAACCAGACCUCCUCCAACCUGAUGCCAUCCACUCGAAGGAGGAAGGACGACGAGUGAGAGGAGAGAGAGUGAGCACAACUAGAGUCCUCUUUAUUUAAAUCCACGUAUCACAAGACGGGAAGAGCAACACCAGCAGCUGUGAUAUAUCUAGAGAAGAACAGAGGAACGUCCCGGGAGCGACGCGAACACCAGCAAAACCCGACACGAAGUGGACAGAGGCCCGGAGAAACGCAAAGAGAACAACCGCAUCGAUCCGAGUACGAUCACAUUCACGCAACAAGACUUGACUUCACAAACAGCUGGAAAAUGAACAGCGAGUCCUUUGUGUAUAGAAAACUUUGUACAUGCCCCUCUUGCUUCGGUUAACAUCCGUCUGGCAGCAAACAACCGCGACCGUCUCUGAAACGAAUGUGCAUUGAUCAUGCCCCGUUAUGUAAAUCGCAGGUUUUACCUCAACAAUCAAGUUUUGCGGUGUAAAUUAUGGAAAUAAGUGCCAGAGGCUAAAAGAGCCUCUGUGGAGGAGCUGUGUGUUUUAUAUGAAAAAAAAACCAAAAAACAAUUACCCAGGUGCCUGACCAUUGUGUAGAUUAAUGCAAAAAAAAAAACAACCAACCUUUUGAUAGUCUUUUCUUUUUUUUUUUUACAGCCUGUUUGUGUUUUUGUUUUUAAAUACAUGUGAAACUGACUCUCUAGAUUUGACAAUCAAUAAUAAAGUGCGUGGAUGAAUAAAUUAGACCAUGUAAGACAACCAGAGAGUAGAACAACAGGAGCCAUGUUUCUAAAAAUUCAUACUUUUUUUUUUUUGUCAUGAAAUUUGCAAUACAUCCACUUUGUACUACCGGUGCUGUAACUAUUAAAUAUACAUGACUUUAAAUACUAUUUAUUAUUUGUGGGUGACUGUUGUAUGUACAGUAAAAUGCUACAGCGACAUGUUGUAAGAAAGAACAAAUAAAGCCACUUUUCAGUAAAACAUUACUCUCCUUUACAUACCAGAUGGACA